GAGCUGGGAUCUGACAGGCCUCUUUCCCUGCAGGCCUACAACAUCCACGUGAACGGGGUGUUGCACUGCCGGGUGCGCUACAGCCAGCUCCUGGGCCUGCACGAGCAGUUGAGGAAGGAGUAUGGCACCAAUGUGGUCCCAGCCUUUCCCCCAAAGAAGAUCUUCACGCUCACCCCAGCGGAGGUAGAGCAGCGACGGGAGCAGCUGGAGAAGUACAUGCAGGCUGUGCGGCAGGACCCAAUGCUGGGAGGCAGCGAGACCUUCAACAGCUUCCUGCGCAAGGCACAGCAGGAGACGCAGCAGAUCCCCACAGAGGAGGUGGUGCUGGAAGUGCUGCUUUCUAAUGGGCAGAAGGUCAAGGUCACCAUCCUUACGUCGGACCAGACAGAGGAUGUCCUUGAGGCUGUGGCCUCCAAGCUGGAUCUGCCAGAUGACCUGGUUGGCUACUUCAGCCUCUUUCUAGUGAGACAGACCAAGGGUGGAGCUUUCUCCUUUGUGAGAAAGCUGCAGGAGUUUGAGCUGCCGUACGUGUCGGUCACCAGCCUGCACAACCCUGAGUUCCAGAUCAUCCUGCGCAAGAGCUACUGGGACUCGGCCUAUGAUGAUGAUGUGAUGGAGCAUCGUGUGGGGUUGAACUUGCUGUAUGCACAGACGGUGUCAGACAUUGAACAUGGAUGGAUCCUUGUCAACAAGGAGCAGCACCGGCAGCUGAAGUCCCUGCAAGAAAAGGUCUCCAAGAAGGAGUUCAUCCGCCUGGCGCAGACCCUGAAGUACUACGGCUAUCUCAAGUUCGACCCCUGCAUCACCGACUUCCCUGAGAAGGGCUGCCAUGUCGUCGUCAGCGCCGGCAACAACGAGCUCAACUUCCAGGUGCGGCUGCCGAAUGAGCAGAUCAAAGAGGGCAGCUUCAAGGUCACGCGCAUGCGGUGCUGGCGGGUCACAUCCUCGGUGCCGAUGAGCAACGGCCCUUCGGGGAGCAGUCCAGGGAAGUCUGAGGUGAAGCUGGAGUUGGCUUUUGAGUACCUGAUGAGCAAGGACCGGCUGCAGUGGGUCACCAUCACCAGCCCACAGGCCAUCAUGCUGAGCAUCUGUUUGCAGUCCAUGGUAGAUGAGCUGAUGGUGAAAAAGUCUGGAGGCAGCAUCCGCAAGAUGUUUCGGCGGAGGGUGAAUGGGGCCCUGCGGCGCUCUGACAGCCAGCAAGCUGUGAAGUCACCCCCGCUGCUGGACUCACCCGAUGCCUCCUGGGAGCCCAUGGCCAAACUCUCGAGCAAGCUCACUUCCGUCAGCCUGCGUGGGAUCAGCCACUCCAGCUCUGCAAACGAUGUGGGUGCUAAUGACUUCCAUGGCAAUUAUGCCUUUGAGGGCAUUGGCGAUGAGGAUCUGUAGUGCCCCCUAUCCCAGGACAGCCCCGGCCUGAGCAAGGGCCUUCGCUGAGGAAUGUAUGACCUGCAGCCAGGUUGCAAUCAACGUGCCUCUCACCUGCUACAUCCACCUUUCCCUGCUCCCCGGGGCUGGGAGCUCACCCCCAACCCACCAUUGCCUUCGAGGUGGGGGCAGCUGAACUCCUCCCGCUGCUGGCUCCAGCUGGGAGAGGGCUUGUUUGACCUGAACGGUUUGCCCGGGCAGAGCCCUGGAGCUGCAGUGCAAGGCCUGGCCCAGCACGGGGGCAGAGCUGCUCCUGUCCCAGCUGGGAAGGCCUGGCCCAGCCUUGGGGCAGACCCAGGCAGGCUCCAUUAAUGCCAAAUUAGCGUUUAGGUUUGUGCUCCAAGACAGAGUGCAGUAAGCUGUCUCAGGGGGCUCCACGCAGAGUCCCCUCUAACCCGCUCAUAGACGCCAGCGUAAUCUAGGCUUGUAACCACGUAUCUCCUGCUGCUCAGCCCGACAGAGCAUUAAUGGACAGUAACUGAUGUUUACACACUGCAACAAUGAUUAAAAUGGAUCCUGAUUGGUA